AAGGUGACCGACGAGGUUUGGAUCCAGUCUUGGAUCUGCGCGUCGUCGAUAGCAGCGCGUGGCCGUUGCACGACGAACCGAAGCGGCUCUCCGACCGGCGCUCGUGUUCGAUUCCGUUUCUGUUGGCGAGCUCGUCUUCGGAACCCUAGAAAUUAAGAGUCGGUGUUGGAUUGUCGCCCUCCCUUCCCGGGCGACCACGGAGGGGGAUGCUGUAGCGAUGGCCGACGAGAAGCCGAUCUCGAUCUCGAGUGGUUUCUCCGAUGGCGAGGCCCCUUCCAGGUGUGAAUUGUUGAGUAUGGUGAAGAAACAUUCAAACCUACUGGGUGAUUCGGUACAUGAUGAACAGGAUGCUUCAGAUGUUGUAAUGGACAACGAGUUCUGGCAUGAGGUCCUGGAUCUGUAUUUUAUACGUGGGAGGGUAUCAAAGGGACGUGAAGAGGAUGACCUUGUGUUUUUUGUGAGAAAGAUGAAUUUACAUGGAUAUGGAUAUAGUGAUGAUGUGGAAGAUGGUUCUCCUUUCUUUGUCCGUAGAUGGGCCCCCAGGUUGGAGAAAGUAGUUGGUGAAGAUUCUGCAUGUGUGGAUUGGAGACGUUCCAUUUACUUAAAUUUGAUUGCCCACACAUCAUAUACUGUCACAGUUGCAAUUUGCAGUAAACAAGAUCUGGAGCAACGUCAAAGUGGGCAGGACAUAUCACUUUCACCAAUAUAUAAGGUUGUAAAGACUGUUUAUGCAUCGCCAAGCCGUGUUGAUUUUCAGUUGGAUCAUAAAAAGGCUGCAGAAACUUUACCUGCAUACCCAAAUAUCUGUUUUUCAGUUGAUGAUUUUGAUGACACUUUUGAUGCUGUGGUUUUGUCCGAAAGAAAUCAUUGCUACUGUGUACUUCUCAAUGCACAUGGUGGACCAGCUUUUCCAACAGAUGAGGAUCUCCCAGAGUGCAACUCUAGUAGGCCUGUAAAUGUACACAAGGAUGUGGAGGAAGCCAAGCCAUCUAAGCUUACUCUCUUCUCAGGAUUCGUCAGCUAUCAGAUGGUUAGAGAAGCAUAUGAUGCUGGAAAGUCUAGAUUUGGGAGCCUUCUGUCAAUGGGCCAUGGUCAUACAAAAACUGACAAGAUUUACAUGCGGGGCCCUGGUGGACGUGGGGAGGUUGAAGUGGCAGUUUCUGGAAUAGCAGAUCAAAGCCACCAGAAUGCAGCUCUUUCUUCAGCAGUUCAUUUAUCUAGGAAAGGCUCAGGGAUCGGCCUAGGAACUAUUGUCCACAGAGCUGCUUCUGCUGCUUCUGUGUUGGCAAAGCAUGCUUAUGCUGCUACAUCUCCCAACAGGCAAUCUGAUGGUGAACUUCUACCCCUAAAGUGCUGCCUGAUGUCCAUCUCAUUGCCUUGGGAAUACAUUGCACAUGAUUUGUUGUUCAAGGUUAGUCCCCCGGUGGACAUGUAGAAAUCUCCGACCAGUUUUUGGAGUCAUGAUACUGUGACAUCAAAGAGGGAGAAUUGAUGCAGAUGGACGGGCUACUGGGAACUAUGACCAAGAGGAAUAUGCUGCUUUCAUGACAGCCACAUCAAUUGUGCACCCAGCUAGUCAAUUGUUGUUCAUCAUGAUCUUAUUGAUUUGUUGUUUUAACAACUUUAUUUAAUUUGAACAGACACUCGAGCUAAUGUGCUCAAUGGGACUUGGGAUCAAAGGCAGCUCAGGCAGAUUUUGUAAAUAUGCCCACCAAGAAAAGCCGCAAGGACUCCUUGGUAAACUCUGUACUUUAUUUCUUUGAAUCAUUUUGACAUGAAAAAAAACAAAAUUUGUGGGUGUCUGGCUUAGAUA